CAUGCUAAUUUCAAUACGAAUUUCUGGGCGCAAAUUUCGACAACCAAGUUUUGAGCCCUUUCAGCUUAUGUCUCAGUCCUUUAUGCACAGCAGCGGGCUCUGCCAUGCUGUUCUUUGAGCGCGCUUCGCGAGAUCGAGUAGGUAUUGUAACCGCACCAGCGUUUUUCAAUAUUCUAUCAAGUGCCGACGAAUGAGUCAGAGCGAUCUGUCAAAACGAUCAAUGAGUAGGUUCGAUCAGCAAAAAGGUCUACACAUGACGAUCGCUAGCGCGACGCGUUACCUUUGGAGGCAAGAGGGGAACCGCGUUUUAUAACCUCCAAAGGCAAGGCUUUGGUGAUGUUUCCCCUCUCAUGCACAAAACAUUGGGGUUCUUGGUGGCAUUUGGGUAAGAUUAUCAGGAACAAAAGUCAAAAAACACCAACCGGGCCGGUCGUGAAGUUUAUCUCGCAUCGUCGAUGUCAUUAGAAGGCGCAACGUCAUCGGCCACCUACGACGGCCCUUCGCCAACUCACUUCUGUUUAUAUAUAAACUUGGGAGUCUUUGGUGAUAUUUUGUGUUCAUACCAAGUCACACCGCCAUUAGAUUUGAGCCUCAUAGACAAUCGACACCGUAACAAUGACCGCUGCAUCGCCUCAUCCGUUUGACCCUCUGUCGCCCGAGGAGAUUUCGAGGGUCAGUCAAUCAUCAAUGAAUAAUCCCCAAUCUCAGCAAUGAUAAGCUGAGAUAUCUAGGCUUCACGCAUCGUGCGCCCCCACUUUGGCGGUCAUGACCCCAACUUCCGUGUCAUCACUCUUCUCGAGCCCGCCAAGAAGGGAAUGAUCACUUAUCUCGAAAAAGAGCACCUCAAUCAACCCAUUGACCAUGCGCCAACUCGCCAUGCACGGGUGGAGGCUUCCAUCAAAGCCGAAACCGAAGGGAAUCACCUUUUUGAGCUUAUUGUCGAUCUUGACACUGACAAAGUUGUCAAAAAGCAGCAUGUUGAAGGGAAGCAUUCUUACAUCGACACUGAUUACAUGAAAGCUGUUGAAGCUGCUUGUCUCGCCAAUGCAGAGGUCCAGGCUCUGAUAAAGACUCUUGAUCUCCCUGCAGGCGCGACUGUUGUCGUUGAACCGUGGGCUUAUGCGACGGAUGGAAUGAACGAUAUGACUCAUCGAGUCAGCAUGUGCUGGUUCUAUGUACGGCUGUUGGAGAACCCCAAUGCGAACUAUUACGCUUAUCCUUUGGAUGUAUGCGCCGAGGUAUCCGAGUCUCUUAGGGUCAUGAAAGUUUACCGUCUACCAACAACACCAGACGAAAGAGCAAACAACGAGAAAAGGCCAUUUGAUCGCCGAAGAGUCCACUCUGCUGCCACUAGCGAAUACCAUCCCGACUUGCGACCAGACCCCAGGACUACUACCAAGCCACUACAUGUAACUCAGCCCGAAGGUCCUUCAUUCCAUAUCGAAGGCAAUCGUCUGACCUGGGAGAAAUGGGAUCUCCGAGUUGGCUUCAACUACCGAGAAGGUCUCACUCUCCAUGACGUUCGAUAUGAUGGACGAAGCCUGUUCUAUCGCCUUUCGUUGGCUGAGAUGUUCGUACCAUACGGCGAUCCACGAGCCCCAUAUCCACGAAAGGCUGCAUUCGACCUUGGUAAUGAUGGCGCCGGUAUCAAUGCCAAUAACCUCCAGCUUGGUUGUGAUUGCCUUGGGACGAUCAAGUACUUCGACGCUUAUCACAAUACGUCAUCGGGAGAGCCUCUGAAGUUACCCAAUGUUGUCUGCUGUCACGAACAGGAUGACGGAAUUCUUUGGAAGCAUACCAACUUCCGCACGAAUGUUCCGGUCGUAACUCGUUCUCGAAUUUUGGUCCUGCAGACUAUAAUAACUGUGACCAACUACGAGUAUAUCUUUGCCUGGCACUUCAGUCAAGAUGCUUCCAUCUUCUAUGAGGUUCGGGCAACAGGUAUUCUCUCCACUGCGCCAACCUCUAUAGAUCACAAGGGGACGUAUCCUUAUGGGAAUAUCGUGGCACCCGGAGUUCUCGCACCAUAUCAUCAGCAUCUUUUCAGUCUUCGCAUUGACCCUGCAAUUGACGGCCAUGCAAACUCACUCGUGGUUGAAGAGUCCAAGCCACUUCCCAUCGAUGAUCCGGCCGUUCAUAAUCCUUUCGGCGUUGGCUAUGUGACCGAAAGUCAAACGGUCGAAGAGGAAGGAGGCUUUGAUCUUGACUUUACGAAAGCGCGUACCUUUAAAUUCGUCAACGAGAAUAAGAUCAACCCCAUCACCGGUACGCCAGUCGGCUUCAAGCUUAUGCCCUUCUACAGCCAGAUGCUUCUCGCGCACCCUGAAUCCUUCCAUGCCAAGCGCUCGGAGUUUGCGGAGCAUGCGGUGUGGGUGACCAGGUAUGAAGACAACGAUUAUUUCCCUGCGGGUAAAUACACGAUGCAAUCAGCCGGAGGCGACGGCUUGGCGUCUGUAAUUGCGAGGCGCCGAAACACCGGAGUUACUCAUUCCGUGAGGAAUGAGGAUAUUGUCAUUUGGCAUACUUUCGGCUCCACUCAUAACCCGCGUAUUGAGGAUUGGCCUGUUAUGCCGAGUGAGAAGAUGAUGGUUGGGUUGAAGCCGGUGAACUUCUUCUCUGGAAAUCCGGGGUUGGAUGUUGCUCCUUCCACACAGGAGAAGAAUAAAAGUGUCCUUUAUCCAGGAGAGGAAAAGAAAGACCCUAGAUGCUGUGCUUCAAAGCUGUAAAGGCAAAUCGUGGUUCGAUAAUGGAAUUGACAAUACACAAUAGAGACUUGGCGAACAGAGGAUGCCAGCCUUUCUGAGGCCCUUCGUAAGGUUGAGUGACUUAUAUUCUAGCGGGUAGUGUAUAUUUAACUGCUGAUAUUGCUUCUUGCGGCUUGUCCCCUAGUACCUCGUAAUCAGAGUUGUUGAUCUUCCGGUUUUCCACUUACGUUAACUAAGGAUAACUUAUAAUAGUUUAGGAUAACUUUGUAAACUCUAACUCUUUGACUAGUUUGUAUCCAGCUUGCAAUCAAGCCUCGAAAAGAACCACUCAUUCUGG